UAUAGUUCCGACUGUGGUACGGUGUAAAGGUUACUUCCGUCGCUCCUGGAUUUAUUAAUUCCUGAUCCAGCGAGCAAUAAGGAGCUAUACGUGCGAUCCAGCGACUUCGUUCUAAGACCGACCAAACAUCGAAGCUUGGUGCAUAGCUGCGCCCAUCCUACAUACCAGCCUGAUGCUGGCGUGCGUCGGGACAGUUAAUCUUAGGUAGCAAGUAUAGGCAGCAGCUGUGAACCGCGACUUGUUCUUGUGUGGCAGGAAUUUGAGUGACCAGAGCUGAACUUUGGUCAUAAUGCCGUGCGGUUGUUUCGGUGGAGCGAGCAAGAAGAAGGGUAAGAAAGGACUCGAUGGCCCUCCUAAGCCUCCCAAGUUGGGACUAGAAGAGCCUGUAAAGGAGCAGCAGGUCACGAAGCAAGAACAGACGCCAGUUUACUCAUCUCAGCAGGAUUCCAGACCUACGACCAUCAACGAGAAGCUCACGGGCAACGGGACCGUUGAAAAAACCCCGGUGCCACCUGCAGUGACCACCCCCCAGUCGGACUCGGUGCUCGUUGUUGACGGCGGCAGCACGCGGUCAACGGGAGCGCGAUGCCGGGCCGAACUUUACGCCAAAAGGCGAGAAUUUUUCCGGCCGUUGUACGAGGUGAGUUUGAACAGCACCAGCAACCGGUAUGCCACACCUAGAACUUCCAACACGUUACCAGCUCGCGGGAAACGAGGCGGCUACAUCAUGGGUGACGGUACGGGGGGAUAUUUCACCGCUGAAGGCAAAUACAUUGGCCCUGAAGACGCCGGAGAGAACAGGGAUCCUGUGAGUUUAGAUGGGGUGAGCGGGAUCACGCUGGAGGGGCAGUAUGUGGACGCCGAGGGUCGAGUUGUUGACCGCCCUGCCCGUCCGAUGUCACAGCCCAGCGCAGAGCAGUGGAGAGAAAUCGCUGAUCAGUCAGAUGGCCUCCCACAGGAAGAGUUCAUCCUGAAGCGGCAGGAGAUAAUCCAGCACCAGCAGCCCUCUGUGCCGAUACCACCGCCUGCCCCCAAACCUGUCAAUCCCCACUUCAUCGAAUUCCAGGAGAAGCACCACAAGAUCCUUUUCGAUCCUGAGCAUCAGCCCCAGCAUAGAAACACCGACCCUGAACUGGCACAGAAAUUAGUGGAAGAAAGACUCACAGAAUUAGAUAAACUCCACAACGAAGUAAAGGAUCACUACGAGAAGAAGAUGAAGAACGGGCCGGUAGAUGUAGAUUCUUUGGUAGAGAAAUACACGGAAGAACGAUGGAAGAAAAUGGUUGAAUUAUGGGAGAGUGAAGGCCUGGUUGUCGAGGGGGGAAUUGUUGUGGUUGAUGACAAAGGUAACGUCGUCGAGAGAGAAAUUAAAUCGAAUGGGGAAGGAGGCCACGUCGUUGAGAAAGUAACCCGCAGUGUCGAGAAGAUCGGUCCUGACGGCGAGAGGGUAGUGGAGACCGUCGAGAGCGACGGCCACAGAACUGUACGAGUCGUCGAGAGCUCGAGAGCCGUGACGCUGAGCGAGAGGCCGGGCACCGUCACGACCACCGAGGAGAUCCUCGUCGAGAGACUGACUACCGGCUAUGACGAUGAUGCACUGGGCCCUGUGACGACCAUCGUCACGCCUCCCACCCCUCAGAUAGACAUCUCUUCCCGCACGUCACCUUUCGCAGAGAUCGCCGCCGAACUCAACGACCCUGACGAAGAAAUCUCCGUGGAGACCGGGGCACCGGCUGACGUGGAGGAUGGUGACCACGUCGAACUCAACCACGAGGACAGUCCCCUCGCCCCCCAGACAUGCACUCCGCCCCCGUCCCCCGAACAGGACCACCGGUCCACCCCUUCGGUAGAAGAGCCCAGUGGGUUGACUGCUGUGUGCGGUGCUGUGUCGACCGACGAGGAGCUCGUCAUCGCUAAAGGCUCGGCCACGCCUCCCCCUUCACCUCCUCUGCAGAGUGUCGGGCCGCAGUCCUAAAUCUUGCGUGUGUUGCGUGCGUGUUGCAGAAAUGCGUGUAGCACAUGUUGCAGGAGUGUUGCAUACAUGAGUAUUGCGUGCGUGUUGCAGACAUUAGUGUAGCACGCAUUUUGUGCAGCGUGUUGCAGACAUGAAUGUAUAGCACGUUUAGCGUGCUUGCUGCAGGAGUGUUGCAUACAUGAGUGUAACACAUGUUGCAGCCAUGAGUGUAACAUAUGUUGCAGACACGAGUGUAGCACGUGUAGCAGACACGCUGCUGCGUGUUGCACGAUACCCCGAGGGUGUGACAGCUUAAGACCAGCUUCAGUCUCCUCGGCCACCGCAACUUCAGUAAUAUAAUAUUUCUCGUCACGCCGUCGACUGGUUGUUGAUGUCCUGUUAUUUUAAGGAAAGCAGUGCAUUUUUAGGACGUUAAAAUAUUUUUGUAUUUUACUGCUUUUAACGAUGAAAAUUGUGCAUUUUAGACGAGAGUUUAUUUGUUUGUUAAUUGUAGCAUGCCAUAUUAAUUCCCAGAAUUUCUUUAUAAUUAUAUAAGUUUUAUUCUUGAACGCAUGCAUGUGAAAGGACGCCAGAUAAAGAGUUUUUAUUCCCAUUGACCGGGGGCUUUUCUCAACAAAAUUUUGUUCGCCGCAAUUUCGCAAUUAAUAGUUUAUUUCCUUAUCAAAAUUCUGAUUAUAAGAUUUAGUUGAGACCACAACUGUGAACAAUUCACGAAUUUAUGAUGCCGUAAUAAUUUCUCGAGUUACAGCCCCGGGUGAUUUUUUUAUUUUAGACAGAAUCUCUUCUUGAAGUGAUUAGUAUUUUGUGCAGCAUUUCUAAGUUAAAAAUCGAAAAGUUUCCCUCGAAGCUAUCGUUUUAUUCUGCAUUUUUAGUAUCACAUGGAGAAACCAUCUAAAAAAUUGCUUGACACGAGGGAACUCAGUAAAGUUCCUGAUGAUUGAUUAAAUAUGCAAAGGAUUGUUGUCAACACAGGCAAAGCAUUGACCCAACAGGAAUCUGACGUCGAAAUAACAUUGAUUAAACUAUGUUUCAACGAACUGAACUCGUUAUCAACGUUGUUUCAAUUUCACUUGACUGGAGGUGAGCUGCACUAGACAUCAGAAGGCUUUCUUCGGCUUGGAAAUAUUGUUCUCUGUACGUUGUAUAGAUAGAGCGGUGUCUGCAAAUUUCUUAGAAAUAUAUUUGCUGUCUGUAAACGAUCCUGGAUAAUGCCUUUCAUUAUUGUCUUAUCCCUGGAUGGUUUUGCAAUGAAAUUUGAACGGAAGAUUCCUAAUUAUUUUCAAUGGCUAGAAAUUCGUCCGAAGGCUGUUAUGUUUUGCACAUGAUGUGAGUGAUGUGUGAGACAUGAUGUUAGUAUCUCUGACGUGAUAGACAUGAUGUGUGUCCACGUAGGCGUAGACAUUGUGCGUAUGAACAUCUUUAUCACGAUCCUUACCUAGUCCACAAUGAUGGAACAGAGUUAAGGAGUUCGGUGUUGUUCUAAUAUGUUAGAUGUUUCACACGAAGAGUUAAGCCUCGACAGUUGGUUCUCAUUUUUUCCGAGAUAUUCUCCACGAUUCGUAUUAACAAAAUUCACAUAUAUGGGUGUUCAUUGUAAAUGCUCGCAUGAAGCAGUAGUUGUGAACACACCAGUGUCAGAGUCAGAAGAUCGUAUGGCUCUAUAAAGGACCGUACUAUGAAAACUGUAUCAUAAGUACGCGUAGCGGCCGAUUUCUCAUCAGCGAUUGGUUGGUUAAACUGGAAACUCCCUCAGUUAUUGACUAACUUAUAGUAACGAACUCGUACUUAUUUCUGAUUUUGUGGUCACCGUUUUGUAUCUCAAUUAGUUUACAGAUGAAGUGCCUUCUUUGUUCGAAGCGAUGUGUAUAGUGGAGGUGAGCAGUUCGGUCAGAUUACUCUGUAGCUGACUUAGCUAAUGUAAAUAGUGAAGAAUGUUUCUAGAUGUCUUCUGAACAUGAGCAUUACCCACUAGAUCAAAUUGCUCUCAAUGCUCUCACUGUGAAAUAGUUGUUAUCUCAAUUUCUUUAUUGAAAUUCUUAUUGAUAAGUGUGGUGCGAUUCUAACUAGCAUUUGUAUUGACUGAGAAGGAAGGCUAAUUAAUUCUUACGUGUAAUUAGUAGGCAGUGCGAGAAUUAUUAAUUAUUUUACGUCAUUUGAAUGGAUUCAAACGUCAUCGGGGAGCGUUGCUCAGAAGUGAGCGCGACGUAAAGAAAGAGACCAUAGAGUUUGGCCUUAUGAAUGUUGCUAUUUAUAAAUAUAUAUAUAUAGAAUAAUACAUUUAUUAUAUACUUUCUGGAUUACUGUACCAUUUCUACUCGUUUUGUACACGUGUGUUUGUUGUACAUAGCGCCACCAUAUGUCCGUGAGGCAGUAAAGUCUUUCUGAAAUCU